CGCCCCGCCAAAGCACCUCACUACGUCGUGACACCACCACAAACCCAACCCUGGUCCCCGAAAGCACCUGGCGCGCCUCAUCCAGGCCUCAAAAAAUCCAAACGUCCUGCAUUGAAACUGCGAAUUCUGUACGCCCUUUCAAUUCUCCUACGCCCCUGACCUCUGCGUCUCGAGUGUGUUUACCUUUGCGGGACGGGAGUGGAUAAAGAAGGGUCUAUUUACAAUUUACACGAGCUUGCCUGCCAGCAAGGCACAGCCAACUUUCUCCGCUCCGAACGAAUAUCCAACCCCACACCUACCUCACCGUCACCCAUCCUCACACAAACACCCUCCGCCAACCCCCAAGCUCCAUUCCCAAAAUGUCGAGCUUCAUGGCAAACCUCUUCACGAGCUCGCAAGCCGGGAAGGCGCCCCCCAGCACCUCUUCAGACACCCUCCCCGCCCCUCCUCCACCCCUCUACACACGCUCAUCCCACAACGACACCUACCCCGACCGUCCCUCGACCCCUCCUACCAACCGCGCGAGCUUCAUCACGCCCACCCAGACACCCCAGGGCAGCCCGUCGAAAAACCGCAACCCGCCCGGCGCAAUCGACCUCCCCUCCGCCUUCGACGCGGCUAUGAGACUUGCUGCCCCCGCUGCGCUGGACAGUCCCACCAAACUCAGCGCUAGCACACGCCCUCUCAGCCCGGGGAAGAGCAACACCCUGGCGCCGGUUGACGAUUCCUAUUUCGCGCAAGCAUCGAGCGUGGGCGAUGAGAGUAUCUUACAUAAACCCGCCACGGGUGCCGGGGGAGUGGUGCCAGGAAGCCCGACCAGGAAGCAGGGGAAGGAGAAUACGUCGCCAGCGGGGCGGUUAGGGGAGUUCUCAGCGGCGACGGUGACGGCGCAGAAUCCGGCGGCGUUGUCGAGGCAGGAGAUUUAUCAGUUGAGGGAUCAGCAGCAGGCGCCGCCGACGAUUAGGAAGUAUAAUACGCAGCGCGGGCUGACGGCGGAGGAGCUGGAGAUUCUGCAGAAGCCGAAUGUGAAGAGGUUGGCGAAUGUGACGCAGCUUUAUUUCCUCGAUUACUACUUUGAUCUCCUGACGUAUGUUGGGACGCGCCAGACGCGAUUGAAUCAUUUCAAGGCUGAGUAUCCGGCUCCGCCUGAGACGCCGGUGGAGACGUAUGAUCCCCUCUGGCAUAAGUAUACGGGACGCGAGCGUGCGAAUUUGAGGAAGCGCCGUGUUCGUCUUCGCCAGGGUGAUUUCCAGAUUCUUACCCAGGUCGGGCAGGGUGGGUAUGGGCAGGUGUUCUUGGCGCAGAAGAAGGAUACGAGGGAGGUUUGUGCGUUGAAGGUUAUGAGCAAGAAACUGCUUUUUAAGCUGGAUGAGAUUAGACAUGUUUUGACGGAGAGGGAUAUUCUCACGAAUGCUAAGAGCGAGUGGUUGGUUAGACUGCUGUAUUCGUUCCAGGAUGAACAGAGUAUUUACUUGGCGAUGGAAUAUGUUCCAGGAGGGGAUUUCAGGACACUCCUGAACAACACCGGCGUCCUGGCCAACCGCCACGCCCGAUUCUACAUCGCCGAGAUGUUCUGCUCCGUCGACGCCCUGCACCAACUCGGAUACAUCCACCGAGAUCUGAAGCCAGAGAACUUCCUCAUCGACUCCACAGGCCACGUCAAACUCACCGACUUCGGACUCGCCGCCGGCAUGCUCGCCCCUGGCAAGAUCGAAUCCAUGCGCAUUAAGCUUGAGCAAGUUGGCGAGACAUCCGUCCCCUUCGGCAAGCCAAUGGAACAGCGUACCGUCGCUGAGCGCCGCGAGGGAUACAGGUCUAUGCGUGAUAGGGACGUUAACUACGCGAAGUCCAUUGUUGGGUCACCCGAUUACAUGGCCCCUGAGGUUCUCAAGGGCGAUGAAUAUGAGUUCUCGGUCGAUUACUGGAGUUUGGGAUGUAUGUUGUUCGAGGCGCUUACUGGGUUCCCGCCGUUCGCUGGAGCAACUGUGGAUGAGACCUGGAAGAACUUGAAGCACUGGCGCGAAGUUCUUAAGAGACCCACGUGGGAAGACCCGAAUUACUUCAUCAGCAACCGCACGUGGAACUUCAUCACCAACCUCAUCGCCUCAAAAACCAAACGCUUCCCCAACAUCCAAUCUGUCUACUCGCACCACUACUUCGCCGAAGUCGACUGGACCACCCUGCGCACGCAACGCGCGCCCUUCGUCCCCGAGCUCGACUCCGAGACCGACGCCGGCUACUUCGACGACUUCAGCAACGAGACGGACAUGGCCAAGUACAAGGAGGUGCAUGAUAAGCAGGCUGCGCUGGAGAAUAUGGCAGAUCGAGAGGGGGCAAUGGGGAAGGCGCUGUUUGUGGGGUUUACGUUCCGGCAUCGCAAGACGGGGGGAGAGGGGGGGGAGAGCCCGAGGAAGAGUAUUUUGGGGAAUGAGGGGGGGUUUGGGACUAUGCUUUAG